AUGCAUCAGGACGCAGGCAAACUGGUGAAGAGUUGUGAUAGGUGCCAGCGAUUCGGUGACAUACCCCAUGUCUCUGCCGAGCCAUUAAUGCCGAUCAUAAGCCCAUGGCCAUUUGCCCAGUGGGGACUCGACUUAAUUGGCCCGAUGCCGCAAGGUAAAGGCCAGGUCAAAUACGUUGUGGUUGUCGUAGAUUACUUCACCAACUGGGUUGAAGCCGAGGCUCUAGCAACCAUUACGGCAGCCAGGAUAGAAGAUUUUGUAUGGACCCAUAUUUGCUACAGAUUUGGUAUUCCUCACGCUAUUAUUACUGAUAACGGCAAACAGUUUGAUUCAGAACUCUUCAGACAGUUCUGUACCCGCCUUAAAAUCAACCUAUUUUUCGCUUCGCCAGCUCACCCCCAGUCAAACGGCCAAGUAGAAGAGAUAAAUAAAAUCAUCAAGAAACUACUCAAAUGGCAGCUUGAAAAUGCCAAGGGUGCCUGGCCGGAGAAGCUUCCCGAAGCACUAUGGGCCAUCCGGACAUCCUUCCGAAUGUCAACUGGGGAGACCCCUUUUUCCCUCGCCUUUGGUUCGGAAACCGUCGUCCCCAUCGAGAUCGGCGAACCCUCUUACUGA